UGAGCGUAGAAAUAUGGCGGAGCAAGUGCUGAUUGAAUUGUGGUUGUAAAACACGUGAUUUCAUUGUUUGUGCAGGAUAAUUGUACAGAAAUGUGCGACGGCGAAGAAACGAGUCUCGUAGAAAACAGAUUCCAAUGGAGUGAUGAUAAAAAUGUUUGUACACCGAUACUGUCUUAUGUUGACGUGCAGAAGUUGAAGUGCUUUCGUCCACCAUGGCACGACCGUAUUCUUGCAUUGUCAAAUACUUCGUCGUCUUGUUAUUCUGGUCAGGACUUACAAUGCCGCCGUGCUCAUCCAGAUUUGCUCAAACAGCGGAGAGAAAGGAAGGACGUGCCAAAAACUUUGUUUUGUCACGAUCUCAGAGGAGGUUAUAGGGAAGACAGGUUUGUGAAUGGAAGCCCGAAACAUGAAGAGUAUCGCUUUUUCCAUUGGGCUGGCAUUGACACGUUUAUAUACUUCAGCCAUCAGCUGGUUACUAUUCCUCCACCAGUAUGGGUCAACUCUGCACACUUGCAUGGCACCAAAGUUCUAGGAACUCUGAUAACAGAAUGGGAUGAUGGGAAAAAAGUUUGGGACGAGAUACUGAAAAGUGAUGGAGCUGUUGAAGACUUUGUAGACAACUUGGUUGCCGUAUGUUGUCAUUUUGGUUUUGAUGGUUACUUGUUGAAUGUGGAAAACACUAUUCCACCAGAACAUGUUUCCAGAUUGGAAUGGUUUGUUCAACUGAUUCAUCACAAACUACAUGAUAAGAUACCACAUGCAGAAGUGAUCUGGUAUGACAGCGUGACUGAAAAAGGGGAGCUCAAAUGGCAGGAUGAGCUCAACAGCCUCAAUAGAACUUUCUUCGAUAACUGCGAUGGUAUCUUCUUGAACUAUACGUGGAAGGAAGAGAACCUGAAGACCUCUGCAGAGAAUGCUGGAAGCCGUCAUCUGGAUGUAUAUGUGGGUGUUGAUGUGUUUGGACGCAACUGUUAUGGGGGUGGAGGCUUCAACUCGUGCCAGGCUGUUGAAUUGGCACGCAAGUACAGCCUCUCCGUGGCUCUCUUCGCUCCAAGCUGGGUGCAUGAAUAUCUUGGUAGCCCACAUUUUGUGCACCUUGAGUAUGCUUUCUGGCAGAAACUGUGGCCCUACCUGUACGUACAUGGACCCACACAGCUCCCAUUUAGCACCACGUUCUGCCAGGGUUAUGGGGAGAAGCUUUACCACAAUGGACAGGUGGUGUCAGAUGCACCGUGGUACAACUUGAGCAAACAACAGUAUCAGCCGAGUGUUCCUUCUUGCCUGGAGGACAAAUUUGUUGAGCCCAUAUUGAAAGCAAGAAAGGAGGAGGGCAGCACGAACAGUGUGAAGGAAGACGUAUUGCAGCUCAUCACAACAGGCUGCAUCCAGCACUGCUCCUUGGAUGCGUUCACUGGGGGUGGCUGCUUGCAGAUCAGUCGGUCAUGCAGUGGGAACAAGUCUCAGAGGAUCCUGAUUUGCAGCUUCAGUGCUGAUGGACAGAUUCUAGUUUCAGUUGCAACAAAAGCACCCAGCAAAGGCAACCCUAACCUGAAUGUUCUGCUGGUGACAGAGGACAGCAAAGGAUCCUGCAGCAAAUGGCUGUUAAUGGGGCAGGGAGCAGGCAACAGUGAUGAUGACAGAAAGCAUGUGUUUCCCCUGACGCAGAAGCAGAUUGAGAAACUGAAGCAUCGUGUGGAGAGUGACCUGUUUGAUAGCCUGUCUCCCUCUAUUGGAUCAGGCUGGAAGCUCAGUCAUCACCUGUUGGAUCUGCAGGAAACGAUUGUGGAGAUUGGGGUGGAGUUAUGUGAGCCUGGAAACUCCAUUCUGCUUGGUCUCCUCAGGAUUCUGCCACUGACUGCACAGGAGUGACCUUCUUCUGUAAGUCAGUACCAACACAACAAAUCCUUGUUCCUCUGUAAAUACUGGAAUAGACUUCAGCGAUUUUAAGUUUAAAGCUUUUUGGCAGUGGUAUGACACAUUGUUGAGUUCUUAUUUUGGAUUUUGUUGGUAUCUGAGGUUUAUUAAAACCUCUCUGUUAUGGAAAUUGGUUCUAUUUCCAUCUUGAGAUGAAAAAAGAAUGAAAGAAAAUGUACUCUUAGCAUAGGAGUACCAAGGGGCUCUGUACCGUGAUUUUGUCUUUCAGUUUUUACCUCCUCAUAGGUUUUCUUGCAUAUUAUGUUCACCUAGCAAUGGAUAUAAAAAUAUUUCCAAAACUUUUGUGAUUUUAUUAAACUUGGUUGAUGGACAAGUCCAAAAUAGAAUUUUUAAAGACAUUACUGGAACUGUUUACAAAAACCUGAAAAGCAUCUUAUGUGAUGGCCAUAUGCCAUACAAAGAGUCUAGAAAUGUUUUUGUGCUUUCUUUCACAGCUCUAGUAUUGUGACGUGUGUCACGUUUAGGAACAGUUAAUGUCUCAUCGUCAGUAGCCACAUGUCACCUCGUCUAGUCAAGUACUAUUCCACUGUUUGUCAUUGCAUUAUUAUCUUCUUGUCUUAUAUCACUGCCAGCACUGAAAUAACUUCUCUCCAUAUGCACUGUUUCUUCACGCAUGAAUGCUGCAUGCUGCUUCAAAACUGUUAUAGCAAUAUGUAUGUUUUUGGACUGUUGGUCACCUGCUGUUCUCUGAAUCUGUCUCAUAUCACUCACAUAUAAUCCAGUUCCCUGUAAGCAGUGCUGUGUCUUGCAGUGCACCUGAUGCACCCUACUUGAGUAGUGAUAUCACUUUGCUCACCCCUGACAGUCUUUGUUUUGUUUCCUGUCAGGUAAUGACAUUUCCCAACAGUCUCGAGCCAGCAUAUAGAAAUGUCACCACCUCCAGCCCUUGCUAUUUUACAGAUUCUGGAAUGUGGGUAGCUCAGUCAGUAUCGUUACUAGGGAAUUGGUUAGAUGCCUGAGGAGUUGGGAUUCAAUUCUCAGCAGGGACAUGAGAUUUUUAUUGCCUCCGGCUCAGGGUCCCACGCAUUCUCCAAACUAGUGUAGAGUGGGCUAAAGCAGUCAGG